GGACCGCCCGGACGCUUGCGGAGAGCGGCUGAUUGUUCGGCCGCGAGGGCAGCGGGGCUUUCGCUGUGCUGAGGAGCGGUGCUGAGUCCAACACGGCGGGCGCGCGCUCCGCCCGUGGCGCUGGCGCAGCGAGGCACACCCGGCCCUCCGAGCACCCGGUAGCCGUCCCGCCCCGGGUCUCCAACUUUGCGUCCCAACCCCAGAGGAAGAUGCCCGCCGGCGCCUCGCUGGGGCUGCGGAGCUGAGCGCCUUCCUUCUAGCAGCGGCGGCUGCACUGCCGGAGGCCGGCGGCGGCAGCUGCACUUGGCGUGCACCGAGGCUCGGAGCCGACCGGGAGCGCGGCGGGAGGACCAAAGGCACUGACCCGGCAGCCCUCGCCCAGAUCCGUGGGGUUCACAGCCAGCGGGGGCCGGUCGGCGCGGAUGGGCGCAGGGUUCGCGGCCCCCGCCGGGCGCUGUGGAGCGGCCCGGGCACCGGGGGCCCGCUGAAGGCCGGAGCUGCGACUGCGGAGAGAACUUGUGCCGGCGGCCAUGCCCCGGCACUGAGCCUAGUGCGGAGCGGAGCCCCCACGGGCCGCCAGCGCCUGCGGCCGCCCGGGACCUCGCGGUACCCGUGCCCGGAGUUCGCGGCGCGCUCCAGACAAGAUGGCGCGGCCGGUCCGGGGAGCGCUUGGGACCCCGCGCCGCUCGCCUUGCCUUCUCCUCCUGUGGCUGCUGUUCCUGCUUCGGCUGGAGCCGACGUCGGCCGAAGCCGGCCCGCGGGCGCCCUGCGCGGCCGCCUGCACUUGCGUUGGAGACUCGCUGGACUGCAGCGGGCGCGGGCUGGCUACGCCGCCCGGGGACCUGCCCGCCUGGACGCGGAGCCUAAACCUGAGUUACAACAAACUCUCUGAGAUCGACCCUGCUGGCUUUGAGGACUUGACGAAUCUACAGGAAGUGUACCUCCAUAACAAUGAGUUGACGGCCAUACCGUCCCUGGGCGCUGCCUCCCCGCACGUGGUGUCUCUGUUUCUGCAGCACAAUAGGAUCCGCAGUGUGGACGGGAGCCAGCUGAAGGCCUACCUGUCCUUGGAGGUGUUAGAUCUGAGUUCGAAUAACAUCACGGAAAUCCGAAGCGCCUGCUUUCCGCAUGGACUGCACAUAAGAGAGCUCAACCUGGCCAGCAACCGCAUCGGCACCCUGGAAUCGGGAGCCUUCGAUGGCCUGUCGCGGUCGCUGCUGACUCUUCGCCUGAGCAAAAACAGGAUCGCCCAGCUUCCUGUAAAAGCCUUCAAGUUACCCAGGCUGACACAACUGGACCUGAAUCGGAAUCGGAUUCGGCUGAUCGAGGGCCUCACGUUCCAGGGCCUGGACAGCUUGGAGGUGCUGAAACUCCAGAGGAAUAACAUCAGCAAGCUCACGGAUGGCGCCUUCUGGGGACUGGCCAAGAUGCACGUGCUGCACCUGGAGUACAACAGCCUGGUGGAGGUGAACAGCGGCUCGCUCUACGGCCUGACCGCCCUGCACCAGCUGCACCUCAGCAACAACUCCAUCUCUCGCAUCCACCGCGACGGCUGGAGCUUCUGUCAGAAACUGCACGAGUUGAUCCUGUCUUUCAACAACCUCACGCGGCUGGACGAGGAGAGCCUGGCCGAGCUGAGCAGCCUGAGCGUCCUGCGCCUCAGCCACAACUCCAUCAGCCACAUCGCCGAGGGCGCCUUCAAGGGGCUCAGGAACCUGCGCCUCCUGGACCUGGACCAUAAUGAGAUCUCGGGCACAAUAGAGGACACCAGUGGCGCCUUCGCGGGCCUCGACAGCCUCAGCAAGCUGACUCUGUUCGGGAACAAGAUCAAGUCCGUGGCUAAGAGAGCGUUCUCGGGGCUGGACGGGCUGGAGCACCUGGACCUGGGAGAGAACGCCAUCAGGUCCGUGCAGCUGGAUGCCUUUAUCAAGAUGAGGAACCUUAAGGAGCUCCACAUCAACAGUGACAGCUUUCUGUGUGACUGCCAGCUGAAGUGGUUGCCCCCGUGGCUCGUGGGCAGGACGCUGCAGGCCUUUGUGACAGCCACCUGUGCCCACCCAGAGUCGCUGAAGGGCCAGAGCAUUUUCUCAGUGCCGCCGGAGAGCUUCGUGUGUGAUGACUUCCCAAAGCCCCAGAUCGUCACCCAGCCAGAGACGACCACAGCCGUGGUGGGCAAGGACAUCCGGUUCACGUGCUCGGCGGCCAGCAGCAGCAGCUCCCCCAUGACCUUCGCCUGGAAGAAGGACAACGAGGUUCUGGUCAACGCGGACAUGGAGAACUUCGCCCACGUCCGCGCGCAGGACGGGGAAGUGAUGGAGUACACCACCAUCCUGCACCUCCGGCGCGUCACUUUCGGGCACGAGGGCCGCUACCAGUGUGUCAUCACCAACCACUUUGGCUCCACCUACUCGCACAAGGCCCGGCUCACGGUGAACGUGCUGCCAUCGUUCACCAAAAUGCCCCAAGACAUCGCCAUCCGGACUGGCACCAUGGCGCGCCUCGAAUGUGCUGCCACCGGCCACCCCAACCCCCAGAUUGCCUGGCAGAAGGACGGAGGCACCGACUUCCCUGCGGCCCGGGAGCGACGCAUGCACGUCAUGCCGGACGACGACGUGUUUUUCAUCACCGAUGUGAAAAUAGACGACAUGGGCGUUUACAGCUGUACGGCCCAGAACUCGGCCGGCUCCGUCUCAGCCAACGCCACCCUGACUGUCUUAGAGACCCCAUCCUUGGUGGUGCCCUUGGAAGACCGCGUGGUGUCCGUGGGGGAGACGGUGGCCCUCCAGUGCAAAGCCACCGGGAGCCCUUCGCCCCGCAUCACCUGGCUCAAGGGGAACCGCCCGCUGAGCCUCACCGACAGGCACCACUUCACCCCCGGCAACCAGCUGCUGGUGGUCCAGAACGUGGUGGCGGAGGACGCGGGCCAGUACACCUGCGAGAUGUCCAACACCCUGGGCACCGAGCGCGCUCACAGCCGGCUGAGCAUCCUGCCCACGCCGGGCUGCAGGAAGGACGGGACCACCGUGGGCGUCUUCACCAUCGCCGUGGUGUGCAGCAUCGUCCUGACCUCGCUGGUCUGGGUCUGCAUCAUCUACCAAACCCGGAGGAAGAGCGAGGAGUACAGCGUCACCAACACAGAUGAAACCAUCGUGCCACCAGAUGUUCCAAGCUACCUCUCUUCUCAGGGGACCCUUUCUGACCGGCAGGAAACGGUGGUCAGGACUGAAGGUGGCCAUCGGGCCAACGGGCACAUCGAGAGCAAUGGUGUGUGUCUGAGAGAUGCAGGCCUCUUCGCAGAGGUGGACGUUCACGGCGUCACCUGCAGGCAGCCCAAGCUCUGCGUGGGAUUCAGCAAAGAGCCCUGGAAAGUGACAGAGAAGGCCAGUGCGACACCUGGUCCACCUAAGAUGGAACCCAGCGGCCCCCUUGUGUGCAGCGACUGCAGCACUGACGUGGACAGUUACUCCAAGGAGUGCACCUUCCACCCUCGGCCCGUGUCCAGAGACGGCACACAGCCAGGGGCACUGAGUGGCCAGGAGCCCAGCCAGGGCGACACAGAACACUCUCCACAUGGUCCUCGCAGCGGGGCCGUGGACGGGUCCCUCUACCCCAGCAACCAUGACAGAAUGCUGACGUCCUUGAGGAAGCCAGCGGUGUCCCUAGAUGGAAAAGGGGACUCCUGGACUCUAGCGAGGCGGUACGCACCGGACUCCGCAGACCCACAGCCUUCCCCUGCCUUCACGUCAGGCAGCACAGAGUGCACAGAGGCCGCCUUGGGCUUUCCUGCUGUCCCCAGCGAGGCCCAGCACUUGCUCCUUUCCAAUGGCCACCUCCCCCAGGCGUGUGACUCCAGUCCCGAGUCCACACCACUGACAGGACAGCUCCCUGGGAAGCGGAGGGGACCUCUGCUGUCGGCACCGAAAAGCUAGGCUUUGUCUACCUCAGCUCUCGUCACACCAGCGUCCACGGGAGGAGGUGGGCCGGGCGGUGAGCAGGCCUGGGGCCCAGCGUCGCUGAGCCGCGCGGCUCUCACCUCCGUGUGGAGCGCCAGCCGGUCCGAGGACUCGCAUCGGAAGCGCAGAAACGCAGGAGGCUGUUCGUGUACAAAAGGCAGAAAAAGUAUUUGAUACCGUUGUACAUAAGAGUUUCCAGAGUUCAUAUAUAUUAUAUAUCUUUUACAGAGGCUAUUUUAAUCGUAGUGCAUGGUUAACAAGAGAAUUAUACGAUUUUGACAAUAUUAUUUUUCAUAUCAGGUUGCUGUUCGAUCGGGGGGUCGGGAAUCGUUCUGGUGCCUUAAUGCACGGCCGGCAUUUAGACGAAGACCACAUUUGCUUCCCGGAGUUUCUGGUGGGUUUGGAAGGACGGGACAUCCUUGGCCCUGUGUGCCCUUGCAGUCACGUUCUGCCUGCGUCGGUGGCACCUGGGCCUGCCGGUGCCCACGUGCGGAUGCUCCUGCAGCGUGCCUUUGCGGCGAGGGGCUUUUCUUCUGAGGAGCGGAGUGAAGGCUGCUGGGCACCACACGCCACGCGUCAGAACAGGAGAGCCUUUCUUCCUUCUCUCCAGCUCCUUUUUUGAUAAAAGCAAAUGUGGUCUCGUCCGUGUCACCGGACGGUUAGCUGAGGCUUUUUAUUAAGGCAAAGGCUGCUGGUGUUGGUACCUGUGGAUUUUUCAAUAGUGACAUUCUAAUUCUGCCAAUAUAUUGUUACUUUGGGGGAUAAAAAAGAUCCAGUCCUCCCCUUUCAGGGCUAGCUUAUUUCUACUGAGGAGCCAGGGCAGGCCCGUCCACCCUGCCCUGCACAGACGGGGCCGGGCUCGGACUGCGUGAGAUUCAGCCCUGGACCUGGGUGUUGCACUUUUGAGACCUGUAGCUAACCAUCCUGUGAGUGCCAAUGCGUAAUUCACUAAAAGUUACAUUGAAACAAACGAGGUCCUUAAAAAAAAAAAAAAAAAUCUCAAAGUACAUUUCUUUAGCCAAACAGCUGAAGGGCGGGUAUUGGCCAAAUGGCUACCUGUGUCAGAUGUUCCUGUCAGAGGCCAUCACCGUUCCAGAAGGUAAGCACAUUGAGUUUUGUCCUCAACAGUUAACUGAUUAAUGUUACUUCCACAAAAUAUGUGAAUUUGCUGCUUCUGAGAGGCAAUGUGAAAGAGGAAGUAUUACUUUUAUGUACAAAGUUAUUUAUUUAUAGAAAUUUUGGUACAAUGUACAUUGAAAAACAUGUAAAAUAUUGAAGUGUCUAACAAAUGGCAUUGAAGUGUCUUUAAUAAAGGUUCAUUUAUAAUGUU